CGCAUGAUACGGAUGUACUUGGAUUCAACUAUGCUGCUGGCCCAGCGCCUUUGCUGCUAGUUACUGUUUAACUCGAGUCUGCCCCAUGCCACUUAGGGCAGAAAGACAAACAAAUUUGGGAAAGUCCCAGGACUUGGCCUUCACUUGAGCUUCUGCGAGCAGCUUUAUCUGAGCAUUGCAGUGGUUGAAUAGGUCAGAUCGAGUAGCCCCGUGGCCUGAAGGGCGCUGCUGGGGCAGACCUGAGGGAGGAAUUGCUUUACCACCUCUGCUCUUACUGCAGGCCCCUCUUCCAGGUCAGACACGGAAAAGGAGUGUCUGCGCCCUUUUCUCUCGUGGAGUACAUCACCAGGACGCAGCAUUUGUCGGAAGAGUCUGUGAAACCCUCUCUCUACCCAGAGCUCCAGGACCAAUGCAUCUUUCCAUCGCCCUAAACCACUGGUGAAUAGCAGUGCCGAGCCCCAGUUGCAAAAGACUUGUCCUGUCACCACCAUGAGCUCUGAAUGUGACGUUGGCGCUUCUAAAGCCGUGGUGAACGGGUUGGCACCAGGCAGCAAUGGGCAGGACAAAGCAACCACCGACCCCUCACGCGCACGCUCUAUUUCUGCUGUUAAAAUAAUUCCUGUGAAGACAGUGAAAAGCUCUCCAGGCCUAGUACUCCCUCCAGACAUGGAUCCUACAAAAGUUUGCACUGGGAAGGGAGCCGUGACUCUCCGGGCCUCAUCCUCCUACAGGGACACCCCAAGCAGUAGCCCUGUGAGCCCUCAGGAAAGCCCACAAUACGAAAGCAAACCAGUGCUGGAGUCAGAGAAUCCCCCAGCAGAUGAGUGGCGGCUUUCUUCCAGUGCUGAUGCCAAUGGAAACGCCCAGCCGUCUUCACUCGCUGCCAAGGGCUACAGAAGCGUGCACCCCAACCUUCCUUCCGACAAGCCCCAGGACGCCACUUCCUCCAGCCCAGCCCAGCCUGAGGUCAUAGUUGUCCCUCUCUACCUGGUUAAUACUGACAGAGGGCAAGAAGGCACUGCCAGACCUCCAGCACCUCGGGGGCCACUGGGCCCCCCAGUCCCGGCGGCCGCCCCUGCCGGCUCACCUCUGACCUUCCCGACUCUAGAUGAUUUCAUUCCCCCUCAUCUGCAGAGGCGGCCCCACCACAGCCCGCCAGCCAGCGCUCCGGGCCCCCACCCCCCUGUUAGCCAGACACCACCAUCCUUCUCACCACCGCCUCCGCUGGUCCCCCCAGUCCCGGAGGGCCUGCACAGCGUCUCGGAGCCUGACCUCACGGGAGCUGUUUCAAGUACCGAUUCAAGUCCUCUGCUAAAUGAAGUUCCUUCAUCUCGUGUUAGAACUGAUUCCCAAACCUUUGCACCAGUCAGCAAGCCAUCCUCUGCCUAUCCCUCCACGACCAUUGUCAAUCCCACUAUUGUGCUCUUGCAACACAACCGAGAACAGCAGAAACGACUCAGUAGCCUGUCAGAUCCUGUGUCAGAAAGAAGAGGGGGAGAACGGGACUUGGCAACAACCCAGGAAAAACCCGCCUCUCCUGGCAGGUCCCCUGACAAAAAGGCCAAGGAUGACAGCAGGCGGGUGGCUGAGAGCACGCAGGGCCUGAGCGAUGUGUCCAUGGACGAAGUGGGCAUCCCACUCCGGAACACCGAGAGAUCCAAAGACUGGUACAAGACCAUGUUUAAGCAGAUCCACAAACUAAACAGAGACACUCCUGAAGAAAACCCUUAUUUCCCUACGUACAAAUUCCCUGAACUUCCUGAAAUCCAGCACAAUUCUGAAGAGGACAGUCCUUACACUCCUACCUACCAGUUUCCUGCAUCUACUCCUAGUCCUAAAUCUGAAGAUGAUGAUUCAGAUCUGUACUCUCCUCGAUACUCCUUUUCUGAAGAUACAAAAUCUCCCCUUUCUGUGCCUCGCUCAAAAAGUGAGAUGAGCUACAUUGACGGUGAGAAGGUAGUUAAGCGGUCAGCCACACUUCCCCUCCCGGCCCGCGCUUCCUCCCUGAAAUCAGGCCCAGAAAGAAACGACUGGGAGCCCCCAGAUAAGAAAGUGGAUACAAGGAAAUACCGUGCAGAGCCCAAAAGCAUAUACGAGUAUCAGCCGGGCAGGUCUUCCGUUCUGAACAACGAAAAGAUGAGUCGGGAUAUAAGCCCUGAAGAGAUAGAUUUAAAGAAUGAACCUUGGUAUAAAUUCUUUUCGGAAUUGGAGUUUGGGAAACCGCCUCCCAAAAAGAUAUGGGAUUAUACUCCUGGAGACUGCUCUAUCCUUCCUAGAGAGGAUAGAAAGACUAACCUAGAAACAGAGCUCAGCCUCUGCCGCACAGAGUUAGAGGCAGACGUAGGAAAAACGGAGACGCUUAGUAAAGCAGCCGGUGCAGACCUGGCGCAGAGCUCAGCAGUCAGCCCCACUCCGGAAAUGUCUUCAGAGCCUCCUGGAUAUAUAUAUUCUUCCAACUUCCACGCAGUGAAGAGGGAAUCCGAUGGGGCUCCCGGCGACCUCGGGAGCCUGGAGAAUGAGAGGCAGAUUUAUAAAAGCGUCCUGGAAGGUGGAGACAUCCCUCUCCAGGGCCUCAGUGGGCUCAAGCGCCCGUCCAGCUCGGCCUCCACGAAAGUGGAUCGUAAAGGUGGGAAUGCUCACAUGAUUUCUUCAUCUUCAGUUCAUAGCCGAACGGUUAACACUAGCAAUGCCUUAGGCCCUGUGUGUAAGCACAAGAAACCUCUGUCUGCUGCAAAAGCCUGCAUUUCAGAAAUCCUCCCCUCCAAGUUCAAGCCCAGGCUCUCCGCUCCCAGCGCUCUUUUGCAGGAACAGAAGAGCGCCCUGUUGCCAUCAGAAAAGGCUCAGAGCUGUGAGAACCUUUGUGUUUCUGUUUCUUUGAACGGUUCCAAGAGAGGGCUCCCCCUCCAGGUGGGUGGGAGCAUCGAGAACCUGCUCAUGCGCUCCCGGCGGGAUUACGACAGCAAGUCGAGCAGCACCCUGAGCCUGCAGGAGUACGGCUCCAGCUCCAGCGCCAGGAGGCCCUGCCCGCUCUCGAGGAAGGCGGGGAUGCAGUUCACCAUGCUCUACCGGGACAUGCACCAGAUCAACCGAGCGGGCCUCUUCCUGGGCUCUGCCUCCUCCUCCAGCGUGCGGGACCUCGCCUCCCAUUUCGAGAGGAGCAGCCUGGCCCUGGCCAGGGGCGAGCUGGGCCCCAGCCAGGAGGGCUCGGAGCACAUCCCCAAGCACACCGUCUCCUCCCGCAUCACGGCCUUUGAGCAGCUGAUCCAGCGGUCACGGUCCAUGCCGUCCCUGGACCUGUCAGGCAGGCUGAGCAAGUCCCCCACGCCCGUGCUGUCCCGGAGCGGCCUGACCGCAGCCCGCUCCGCCGAGUCCCUCCUGGAGUCCACCAAGCUCCGGCCCCGGGAGGUGGAUGGGAUAAACCCCGGGGGGGUCUACGCCUCCCCAACGUGCAGCCGCCUGGUGGACUCCCCCUUGGGGUUCAGGGGCCUGGCGCCUUCUGAGCCCCUCUCCACCUGCUCCGACGAGCUCGACCACUGCUCCAACGUCUCCAGUGACAGCAGGGAGGGCAGCGGCAGCAGUGUUCAUGGAGACUUCCCCAAACACCGCCUCAACAAGUGCAAGGGCACCUGCCCGGCCUCCUACACCCGCUUCACCACCAUCCGCAAGCACGAGCAGCAGGCCUCCCGGCAGCCCGACUGGCGCCCGGACUGCAGAGGGGAUCGCAGCGCGCUCCUCAGGAACAUCUACCUGAUGAGCCCCCUCCCCUUCCGGCUGAAAAAGCCCCUCCAGCACCACCCCAGGCAGCCUGCCCCUGGGGACUUCUCGGGCCCCCCGGCGGGCCGGAAGCCAGACCUCCCCGGUCAGCCCCAGCAGGACGAGCCCCACGCUGGGGGGAAGCCCUCGGUGCCCAAGCGCCUGUCUUCCCGACACACCAUGGCCAGGCUGGGCCGGACCGCAGAGCCCCCUCAGGAGAGACCCGCGGUCCCAGAGGACUGCGUGGGGGCCUUUGAUAAUGGGAACCCCGUGCCGUACUCAGACCACAGCCUGGACAGAAACAACAACCCACCCAGUGAGCUGGGAGCAUCCCACGGAGAUUCAGAAUCACCAAGACAUUUUAUACCAGCUGACUACUUGGAAUCCACAGAAGAAUUCAUCCGAAGGCGUCAUGAUGAUAAAGAAAAACUUUUAGCGGACCAGCGACGACUUAAGCGUGAGCAAGAAGAGGCCGAUAUUGCAGCUCGGCGCCACACGGGUGUCAUUCCAACGCACCAUCAGUUUAUCACUAAUGAGCGCUUUGGGGACCUCCUCAAUAUAGACGAUACGGCAAAAAGGAAAUCUGGGUCAGAGAUGAGACCUGCCAGAGCCAAAUUUGACUUCAAAGCUCAGACACUGAAGGAGCUUCCUCUGCAAAAGGGAGACAUUGUUUACAUUUAUAAGCAGAUCGACCAGAACUGGUACGAAGGCGAGCACCAUGGCCGGGUGGGCAUCUUCCCACGCACCUACAUCGAGCUUCUUCAUCCUGCGGAGAAGGCUCAGCCCAAAAAGUUGCCACCGGUGCAGAUCUUGGAAUACGGAGAAGCUAUCGCAAAGUUCAACUUCAAUGGGGAUACGCAAGUAGAAAUGUCCUUCAGGAAGGGUGAGAGGAUCACGCUGCUCCGACAGGUAGACGAGAACUGGUACGAAGGGAGGAUCCCGGGGACGACCCGGCAAGGCAUCUUCCCCAUCACCUACGUGGACGUGAUCAAAAGGCCACUGGUGAAAAACCGGGUGGAUUACAUCGACCUGCCUUACUCCUCCCCAAGUCGUAGUGCCACCGCGAGCCCACAGUUUCCCAGUCACAGCAAGCUCAUCCUGCCAGCCCCCCCAUCUCUGCCUCACCCCCACCGAGCCCUGUCCCCUGAGAUGCAGGCUGUCACCUCGGAGUGGAUCUCACUGACGGUGGGGGUCCCAGGCCGGCGUCCUCUGGCCCUGACCCCACCUCUGCCUCCUCUGCCAGAGGCGUCUGUCUAUUACACUGACCACCUUGCCUUUUUGACAAGGCCUAGUCCCUCCCUGUCCCUCAGCCUCCCCCAUUCGAGCUGGUCGGGUCGAUCUACCCCCCACUCGAUUGUCUCCCCGCUGGCCCUCCCUGCUCCCCACCAAGCCUACUCCCCAGUGCCUGGUGCCCAGACUUCCCUUCACGUCAACGGAGACAGUGGCAGCCACAGGCCCCCUCCAGGCUUCCCGCAGGGCAGCUUCUCCCAGCCUCUGCUUGGGAGCCCUGAUAGAGUCAUCUCCGAGCUUAGCAACGCCUUUAGCAGCCAGGGCCCGUGGCGAGAAGAAAGCAGACAGUACGAAAGGAAAGCAGAGAGGGAGGCAGGUGAGAGAUGCCUGGGCGGACCCACGAUCUCUAAGAAGAGCUGCUUGAAACCUUCAGACGUGGUCAGGUGCCUGAGCACCGAACAGAGACUCUCAGACCUCUGCACCCCCGAGGAGAGCCAGCCCAGCCAGGCCCUGGGCAGCCCUUUCCCGGGCAGGGAGGCUGAGCAGACAGAGCCGCGUAGAGGUGGCGAGCAGGCUGAGCGGAAGGCUGCUCGGAGUGGUGUGCGCCAGCAACCUCAAGCCCAGCAGCGAAGAGUCACCCCAGACAGGAGCCAAGCCUCACAAGAUUUAUUUAGCUACCAAGCAUUAUAUAGCUAUAUACCACAGAACGAUGAUGAGUUGGAACUCCGAGAUGGAGAUAUUGUUGAUGUCAUGGAAAAGUGUGACGAUGGAUGGUUUGUUGGCACUUCAAGAAGGACCAGGCAGUUUGGCACUUUCCCAGGCAACUAUGUAAAGCCUUUGUAUCUGUGAGAAGACUGAAAAUCGCAGAGAUGAUUUUUACCGGAGGAUGAAGCAUAACCCAUGAACUGGUCUCUUGAUUUGAAAGUUGAGUCAGUAGGAAAA